AUAGCUGAUUUAAGACACUGCUCGUCCAAUCCACACCACUGGGCGUGGUUUUUUUCAAUACACAGAAGAGUAGUUGCGUUUUUAAAUGUAAGAGUUAAGAGUGCGUUGAUUAUUUUGAACCUAAAACGCUCUGUGGGGUCAACCUGAUUAUCUGAAACAAAAAUUUUAAUAGAAUACAGACAUCGAUGUGAAGCGUGAAAUAUAGUGUGUAUAUUCUUUUCAGUUUAAUUGAUAAGGCAUAAGGUGAUACUUGGAUAUGGAGGAGUGCGAUAUUGCACGUAUGUGUUGGGAUUUAAAGGAACUAUUAGAAGAUAUAUGUACAUUUCUUUCUAAUGGAAACUUGAGAAAGUUGUCACCGAAAGAUCAAAAAUUGGCAGAAUCUUUGAUUAACCGUUCGAAAAAACAAUUACAGAAAAUUUCCAGGGUACAGCCACCACCUCAAUCCAAUGAAGAGUAUGUGAUUAUGAACAAACAAGGUAUAGAUAAUGAAAAGGAAUCCGAUGCAGAACCUAGUGACAUUUAUUCUUCAGUGGAUGAUAUCAGUACUAUGAAUCGCUCAGAAAUGAUAUUAGAUGCAAAUAUAUACAAAGAUUUGCCUGCUAAGGAUGCAUGUCCUUUUUUUAAAUCAGGUUGGCUUUCUAUGAAGAAAAAAUUUAUAUUGGGAUUUGAAAAAAUGAAGCGAGUUUAUGGAACUAUACACAACAGCUGGUUAUUGAUAUAUUUAUCUGAAAAAGAUUUAAAACCAACAUAUACAUUUAAUUUAAAGCAUUUCGUAGCUAAAGAAUCAAAUGGAGAGAAGAAUAAUUUCACGCUUUUAAGUACAAAACCAAAUGACAAUAAAGUGUAUCAUUUCAUGGCUCUUACCCAUAAAGAUAAGUUACAAUGGAUGACAAAAAUCAAUUUAUGUCAAGAUAUGGAAAACAUUAUGGAGAAUUCUAAUAUAAACUAUCAAGGGAAAUACCCAAAUACAGCUGAAAAUAACUAUAGUGAUAAUGAUUCUGAUGGGAUAUAUGAGAUACUGACAACGACGCACAAACAUCCAGUCAGUCCAGUUGUGAGUGGCACAAAUGAAAUAUUACAUACAUUUCCAAAAUUAAGUAAAUCGCGUCUCAGACCAUCACCAAUCAAUGUCAAAGAUCCUGUGGCGGUUCCACCUCCGCUAGUAAAAUCAAAAUCAGAAACUACAAAUUCUUCAGAGUCGAUGGUUUCAUACCAAGAAAUAUUUACAGUGCCUCUUAGCACCAAAUCCAACAAUAAUUCUACUAAAAGCUUAGAAGAUUCAUUUUCGGACAACAGUGGGGAUGAAAUGUACGAAACAUUUGUCUGUGCUAAACAAUCUAGAAAUAGUUCUAGAAGAAAUUCUUUUGAGGAUCAGAAAAACCCGAAAGUUCUUAGGAAACCGAAAUGAAAUCUCUCCACAACGAUUUAGUUAAUAUUAAAUGAAAGUCAAUUAUCUUUAUAUUAUGCACAACAUUUUUAUAAAUACUAGUCAAUAAAUUCAAUAAACUUUGCAGAUUCUUAUCGAA